AUGUCAGUUCUCCUGGUUCUGCUGUACGCUGUCUGUCUACUCCUGUUGACAAUGUACUUGCGGUUCAGAUGGCAGUACAGACAUGUUCUCGCAACCGCUGCUAAAUUACCGUGUCCUCCCACCCUGCCCAUCAUCGGCAACGCACUCUUCUUCUUUGGUGACAUCACUGGUUGUUUUAAACAGCUCCAGUAUGUUGGAGAAAGAUCACAUGUAUACUCCUUGUUCAGACCGUUUUUGGGCAAUAGCAUUAUUUCGUCCCCAGUUCACAUAUGGAAGAAGUACCGGAGGCUGAUGAACCCCGUGAUGCAUCCUUCUAAUGUGGAGCACUUCCUUCCGGUCUUCAACGAAGUCAGUAGGAAGUUAACAGAACAGUUUUCGGUCAGCUCCCCACCUUCAGAUCGCACUGAUGAGAUUUUUGAAAUGGCCGUGAAUGGUAGCACAGGAUCAAUAUUUUCAAGAAAACUCUUUUAUGAUAAUAUUAAGGAAAUAAAAUUCGGAAUUGAUAGUGUUGGCAAGCUACUCAUCUUACGGCUAUUCAAGUUUUGGUUACAUUUUGACUGGCUGUUUAAAUUGCUCUAUUGGAAGGAGCUGAAGGAAUCUUUCAAAAUUAGAGACAAAUGUAUGGACGUUAUCAGUCAGGAAUGGAAAGAUGGAGCAACUAUUAAAAAGGGAGUGCUUCCAGGCGAAAACCAGAACACCGAACGAUUGUCAGGCUUAAACUUGGUGGAUGUAAUGUUUGAAAAUCUGCCAAUAGUAUUAGAUGACCAUGAUUGGAUGGAUGAAUUCAUGACUAUAAUAACAGGUGCAUCUGACACAACUGUGUCUGCUCUGUCUUUUCUGCUUUUCACAAUAGGACACCAUCCGGAAGUACAGGAGAGGAUGUUCAUGGAGAUCCAGGAAGUAAUGGGAGACCUGGACCGUGACGUCACCGCCGCUGACGUUAACGCCAUGAAGUACCUGGACCAGGUCAUUCUAGAAAGCAUUAGGCUACACGGUAACAUUGUUUUAAUCAUGAGAAGAGCCACAAAUGAUACUAAGAUAGACAGCUGCACACUGCCAGCUGGUAGUCGAGUGUUGAUAAUACUCCACGCUAUGGGUUGGAACAAGGAACGGUUCCCAAAUCCCGAGCAGUUCCUGCCCGAACGGUUCUGUCCAGAACAGAAAAAACUGCGUCAUAACUACUCUUUUUUGCCAUUCAGCGCUGGCCCCCGCAACUGUAUAGGGAAGGCAUACGCAAUGGUGAUCCUGAAGACAGUCCUGGUCCAUAUCCUGAGACGCCUGCGAGUGAAAUCACACACUAAAAUGUCAGACAUAGUGUACGAGCUGAGGGCGAUAAUGUACAGCAAAACUCCGCUUCUGGUCACCUUCCAACCGCGAUAGCGACAGUUUUAUUUUAAUUUCCUAUAUAUUUUACGAGUGGAAUAUUUAUAUGUAUUAGUAAACUUUGGCAUGAACCCUCUUGAAAGUUUAUUGUUUGUAAAAAGCAACUAUCAAAUAUAGUGAUUAGUGUUUGCUACUUUGUACUUUAUUAUUUUAUUUUAAACUGUAAACACGUACUUUGAAAAUCGAAAGCAUUGUACUAGAGAAAAUAUUGAUGAUUUAGUUUGAUGGAGCGCUUAAAUUUUGUUAAACAUAAGUAGACAUAUGGUACAUAUUAUUUCAGAAUCCAUGGUUGAGAGAUUUAAAACGGAAAUAAAAUUUUGAAUGGUUUUAUUUUAGGUUCAGCUGUAUGAAUAAAUAUAUACAUAUA